CAUAUGUUACAGGUCAAAGUCCACCCCAGUCCAACCUGUCUGGAGCACUGUGCCAACGCUUCGUGAUUGCUGUUUCCCCGAGAGACUCUCAGUGACACAUUGAACGUAAUUGGAAAAAGAGGAAGUGUCAAUAUCAUACAACAUGUUCCCUCUUCUGAAAAAUUGUCUCGUCGCGAGACAGGGAAUUGUCAAUUAUGAAGCUCUCACCCGUUACUCUGGAAUUUCUAUAAACAAGGCAUAUUCUACGAAAAGUGACAAUCCCUCAAAAAAUAUUGUGUUCGUCGAUGGAGUACGGACUCCAUUCUUACAGUCUGGAACCUACUACAAAAAUCUCUUGGCUUACGACCUUGCAAGGCAUUCAUUGGUGGGCUUGCAAAAGAAAGUUGGGUUCCCCAAGGAGAUAGUCGAUUAUAUUGUCUAUGGCACAGUGAUGCAAGAGGUGCGAACAUCCAAUGUCGGAAGAGAAGCCGCUCUGGCCGCGGGAUAUGCCGAACACACUCCUGCGCACACAGUAACGAUGGCGUGUAUUAGCAGUAAUCAGGCAAUCACCACUGGCAUGGGUUUAAUCGCGUGCGGUGUUUACGACGCCAUUGUGGCAGGAGGAGUAGAAUUCAUGUCAGAUAUUCCAAUUCGACACAGUCGAUCCAUGAGAUCGCUGAUGUUGCAAGCCAACAAGGCGAAAACCUUGCAAAACAAAUUAACUCUCUUGGCUAGUAUCAGACCAGGUCAUUUCAUACCAGAUCUACCAGCUGUGGCAGAGUUUUCAAGUGGCGAAACUAUGGGUCACAGCGGGGAUCGUUUAGCGGCGGCGUUUGGCGUGACGCGCAAGGAACAAGAUGACUACGCCUUGCGCUCUCAUACUUUAGCCGCGCGAGCACAGCAACAGGGACUGCUAUCGGAUGUAGUACCUUACAAAGUUCCAAACGUUGAUAAAGUUGUCGAUAAGGAUAACGGUAUCCGCGUGUCUACGGAGGAACAAUUAGCAAAGUUGAAACCUGCGUUUGUUAAGCCUUACGGAACGGUCACCGCGGCCAACGCCUCGUUCUUGACCGACGGUGCAUCGGCGGCGUUAAUAAUGAGCGAGGAGAAGGCCCUCCAGCUUGGCUUGAAACCCAAGGCAUACCUGCGUAACUUCCUUUACGUGUCCCAAGAUCCAGUUGAUCAACUGCUUCUGGGACCAACGUACGCAAUACCGAAGGUUCUGGACAAAGCAAAAUUAACCUUGAAAGAUAUAGGAGUGUGGGAGAUACACGAGGCGUUUGCCGGACAGAUCUGCGCUAAUCUGAGAGCGAUGGACUCCGAUUUGUUCGCGCAGAAGUAUUUGAAGAGGAGUUCGAAAGUCGGGACACCGGAUAUGAACAAGUGGAACAGUUGGGGUGGAUCCCUGUCGAUCGGUCAUCCGUUCGCCGCCACUGGAGUACGAUUGGCGACGCACACCGCUAAUCGACUUAUUAAAGAAGAUCAACAAUUUGGACUUAUCGCGGCCUGUGCUGCUGGCGGACAGGGAGUUGGUAUGAUCAUGGAAAGAUAUCCUGGUGCUGCACUCUAAUCCCCCGCUUUUUGAGGAUACUUUUGAUAACUCC